AUGUUCGGCUCCACAGCACCCGCUUUUGGCGCAAACACAACAGCCCAAGCUGGCACGUCUCCAUUUGGCACAGGCGCGUCGCAACCGACCAACAAUUCGACAUCUGGGUUUGGAGGGUUUGGCGCAAUGCCUCAGAACAACACCAACGCCGGUGGUGUCGGUGGUGUUGGUGGCGGUGGCAGCGGCACAGGCCUUUUUGGUAUGUCUAACAACAGCAAUAAUAACCCUACGAUGGGAAAUAGUAGCACAGGCUCUUCAGGGCCCUUUGGUCAGGCAACACCGGCGGCCAACAACAACAACAACGUGUCGUCUUUGUUCGGCUCCUCCUCAUUGACCUCAGGUUCGUCUUUCAACCCUCAACAAGGUUCUGGGACUGCCAUUAAGCCCUUUUCUGCUUACAACGAAAAAGACGCUACCACGGGCAUGAAUAACGUGUUCCAGUCGAUUUCGUGCAUGCCCGAAUACCGGAACUAUUCGUUUGAGGAACUGCGUUUUCAGGACUACCAGGCGAAUCGAAGAUUUCCCACCAACGCACCCAAUGCUGCCGCCGGUGUUGCCUCGCCCUUUGGUGCCAAUCAAUCCAGUUCCCCGUUCAACAAUACUAACUCGUCGUCUUCCUUUGGUGUGGUAGGUAACAACUCUAAUACCAACACUGGCGGUGGACUUUUCGGCCAAAACAACGCCGCAACUGGGCCCGGCGCUACCUCGUCGUUUGGCCAGCCUUCUAACUCUUUGUUUGGUGGGAACACCACGCAGAAUAAUGCUGGUAGCUCGCCAUUUGGGAUGAACAAACCGGCUUCCGCAGGUGGGCUUUUUGGCCAAACCAAUACCGCCGGUGGCCUAUUUGGUCAGAGUGCCAACACUCCCAAUCAAAAUGCUGGAGGCCUGUUUGGUCAAAAUAAUAAUAACAACAAUGCAGGAACAAGUGGUGGCUUCUUUGGAGCUUCUAACCAAAACCAGCCCUCAGGCGGCCUUUUUGGUAACAAUUCCAGCACCGGUGGCGGGCUAUUUGGUCAAAGCAACCAAAAUCAAAGCAUGCCUUUUGGAAGCAACAACAACAAUGCACCUGGAAAUAGCUUAUUUGGACAAAACAAUAGCACCACCAGUAAUUCUCCAUUUGGCCAACAAACUCAGCCUAGCGGAGGUCUUUUCGGUAGCAAACCCGCCAACAGCGGCGGUUUGUUCGGCGGAAACAACGUCGCCGCUAACACCGGAACCGGCGGUAUGUUCGGGCAGAACAAUGCCGCGGUCAAUUCUCCAUUUGGUCAAAAUGCAAACACAUCCGGCGGAGGCGCUUUUGGACAGAACCAAAAUCAAGCCGGGAGUACUGGUGGUGGUCUCUUUGGCCAACCCAGUAAUGCUUCCGCUUCGGGUGGGUUGUUUGGACAAAAUAGUAAUACAAAUGUGAAUACAGGUGGUGGCUUAUUUGGCCAAAGUAACACAAACGCGAAUUCGGGUGGUGGUUUAUUUGGUCAGAACACGGCCACCAACUCCACCUUUGGACAGAACAAUUCUGGGUUCUCCUCAUUCGGUCAAUCCCAGCCCCAACAGAACAAUUCAUUUUUCGGCAGUAAGCCUGCAGCAGGUGCUACGGGAGGCGGUCUUUUUGGAUCAGGUAAUAACUCCACGUCCACAGGAUUCGGUCAAAGCAAUAACACUAGUGGUGGUUUAUUUGGACAAAAUGCAAACAGCAAUACUUCUGGCAAUACCGGUGGACUAUUCGGACAAAACAAUGCCAAUAGUAUGGGACUAUUCGGUCAAAAUUCCAAUCAACAACAGCAAUCAGGAGGCGGACUUUUUGGACAGAACAAUGCACAACAAAACCAGGGCGGCUUAUUUGGCCAAACCAACAACAAUGCCAGUGGCGGUCUGUUCGGCCAAAACAGUAACCAACAGUCAUCAGGUGGGGGUCUCUUUGGUGCCAAACCAAAUACCAACACACUUGGCUCGGGUGGCAGCUUGUUUGGUCAAAACGCCAAUCAACCACAACAACAGCAACAACAGUCAGGAGGUCUCUUUGGUCAAGGUAACAACAAUCAGCCUAGCUCAGGUGGUCUCUUUGGAAGCAAACCAGCGGGUUCCACUGGUGGCGGCCUGUUUGGACAGAACAACGCUACCGGUGCAACUGGAGGUGGUCUAUUCGGACAAAACAACACUAAUGCCUCUACUACUUCGUCCGGCGCGGCUGGUGGCUUAUUUGGUGCGAAGCCAGCUGCUACUGCCAAUACUGGAGGUGGUCUUUUCGGUGCUAAACCUGCAGCUCAAACUGGUGGUGGGCUUUUUGGCGCCAAGCCCGCGGAGAAUGCCGGUUCGGGUGGUCUGUUCGGAUCGAAACCCGCCGGUACCGGAUUGGGCUUUAACAGCGGUGCCACCAACACCACUGGUGGCCUUGGUACCAGCACAGGCAUGACAGGAGGUUUGUUUGGAAACCAACAAAACCAGCAACAGGGGAUUCCAGCUCCUCAGCCCACUGCUCAACAGGCUGGCAUGAACCCAUAUGGAACGAAUGACUUGUUCUCCCGAGUAAUUGUCCCUGAUUCAAUUACGAAGCCUAGCAAACCAAGCGCUACCAAGCUGAAUGCUGAUUUUAAAAAGAAGGCCAGUCUGUCUGGUGCCUACAGACUAGCUCCAAAGCCGUUAUUUGUUCAUAAGACCACAGUUGCUAGCCCAGUGAUGCGCUUGGGUUCUAGUGCCUCGGCUAAAAGUAAUGGUGUAGCUUCUCUGACAGGGUCAUCAACCGACUCUCUCGGCAGAGAGCUACAACCUACCAAAACAGGAUCCUCCAUUUUCACGAAUGAAAGUGAUGAGCUCAUCCUGUCCGCUAAUGACACUCUCUUCAACCCUGACAAAAAGUCAUUCAAAAACUUGAUUAUAAACAGGAAAAAGAUGGAGGACGCAAGUGCUAAAGAAGGAGAUCAAGUUCUUCGUAUCACAUUUGCCUCAGAAGAAAAUGAGUCUAGUGCUGACGCUGCGAUUUCUGGCAACACGUCUGAAGUCGACAAAAAGGCCGCUCCAUUAUUCCCAAGCGACAAAACAAAGUCUUCCUUCAAAGAAGGUCCCAUCAUUGACUCACCCAGCCACAAAGUUGUUACAACACCUUUGGCUAGAAAUUCAAAGGCUGCUUCCGGCACGGGCGUCAAAGCUAAUGGCGUUGAGAGAAAUCUUGGGGUCUUGGGUGAUGACGUUUCUUUUGAAGACGACGGAUACUAUGUAUCUCCCUCGCUUGAAACUCUCUCCUCAAUGACUUUGCUGCAACUUCGUAAAGUAAGUGGACUAACAAUCGGUCAUAAAGAUUACGGUAAAAUCGAAUUUUUAGAGCCUGUGGACUUGACCAAUGUCUCAUUGCCAGCACUUUGUGGACAGAUUAUCGUGUUUGAGCCAAGGGCAUGCAGCGUUUACCCCAACGCUUCUGUGGUUCCUCCUCAUGGCCAGGGAUUGAAUGUCCGUGCCCGUAUUAGCCAGUACGGCUGUUAUCCUCAGGACAAAUCUACCAGAGAGCCUAUAAAAAAUCCAAAUCACCCUAUUAUCAAGAGACACGUUGACCGGUUGAGGGCUAUUCCUUCUACAAAGUUUGACAGCUAUGAUCCACAAAUCGGUACCUGGGUAUUCACUACUGACAACCCCGCUGGAAAUUAA